AUGCGUAGAAUGGAGACAGGUGAUUAUAUGGUUACCACGUUAUCGGACGAUGAAGCGAUUUUUACCAGCAAUGAUCACAGAGCAGGCGAACGCAAGUCUUGUGCGUCGGUUGAUGUAGAUGACGACGAAGCUGUCAUGAUGCUCGAUUCAGCUGGUAUUCGUCAAUGUCCAGUUUCCAGGACAUAUAAUGGGAUAAGCGAUCAAGUUGUACAGGGAGGUAUAGACUCUGUUCAGAGUAAUUUAGGUACUGUUCAGGUGUACUCAAAUCACGCAGGUCUACACGAUGCACGGGUAUACCGCGUUGGAACGAACCUAAGCUACCACAGGCAAAAUAAGAAUGCUCUGGGCGAACAUCUAACCAGCUGUGGCGAAGGUUGGACCUCCUGUAUGAGCGCGGAUGAAGCUUUGCAAUUGAAGCUUACACCCUGCCAACGAUGCUAUCCCACACUGCCUGGAAACGACGUUAAUCAUGCGAUCGCACCCUCGGAUCAGGCCGGAACGGCACUGACGAUCACUGCACAGAGCACUAGUCAUGCAAUUGACACAUCAGGUGCACAAAAUUCAACAGAUACAAGCUUGUUUAAAUAUAAGAUAGGAAAAGGGAAAUCAUACCACCGUAAAUUAUCGGUUAACGAUAGUGUAGUUGCAUGCGGUCAAAGAGGCGGUACGGCGGCUGUUCGGGUGGCAUCACUGGUAACAAUGAAGCCGUGUUCAAAAUGUUAUGAUGCUCUUUUUAUAGAAGCACAAAACACUACAAAUCUCGACACACAAGCGAUUAUUGCCAGUAAUAGUCCGAUAUUUAGUCCCACCAAUACAGAGAUUACGAGUGGUCUCGUUCAGAACACACACUCGGGCGACCGGAACUUGCCCCAGGUGUCUAAUGCCUACCCUAACACUGGUAUUGUUGGGGAUAGUUUUAUUACUGUACAUGAUGCAGCCUCGACUAUCUUUAAGAUCGGCAACGGAAACACAUACCACCGCAAAGUUUCAAUCAACGAUGACGGAGUGGCGUGUGGUACGACGGGCAGUAUAUCGCCUAUCGAGGUGACAUCAACGGGGACGAUGAAGCCUUGCUCGAAAUGCUAUAAAUCUUCCGUUUCUACAACAACUAGCACUUCAAAUCUGCCCAUUGCAAUUGAGACCACAGGUGUACAAGAUGUAGCUUUGGCCAAGUAUAGAAUCGGCAAAGGGAAUAUGUAUCACCGCAAACUUACCAUUGACGGUAAAGGAGUAGCGUGUGGUCAGAGAGGCGGCAAAGCACCUGUUCAGGUGACAUCGUUGGGUGCGAUGAAGCCUUGUUCAAAAUGUUAUGAUGUUUCCUUUAAAGAAUCACAAAGUACUUCAAAUCCCAGCACACAAGCACUUAUUGCCAGCGAUGGUACGAUAUCUACUCUCACCAAUAUAGAGCUUACGAGCGGUCUCGUUCGCAACACACAGUCGAGCGACCGGAACCCGCUCCAGGUGUCUAAUGCUUACCCUAGCACACGUUCAAGUACGAACAGUAGAGAACCGACGGGUGUUGUAGGGGAUAGUUCUUUUGUAAACGGUGUUAUGACUGUACAAGAUGCAGCCUCAGUCAUCUAUAGGAUCGAAAACGGAAAAUCGUACCAUCGCAAAGUUUCCAUCAACGAUGACGGAGUGGCGUGUGGUUCGACGGGCAGUACAUUGCCUAUCGAGGUGACAUCAACGGGAACGAUGAAACCUUGCUCGAAAUGCUAUCCAUCUUCAGUUUCUACAACAACCAGUACUACAUACCCUAACACACGAGCACACAGUACGAGGGCUGCUGCGAUAUCUGCAUCAACUGUUGAACGGGUCGAUCAGAGCGUUCAGGUGCACGUCCCUGUACUGCCUGAGUGGACCGAUUCGUACCCGAACACUCGCUCAAGGCAGGCCACAAGAGCGACGGUGGUCAACACAGAGAAUAUUCAGGUAACGGUGAAUUCUUCAGGUCGAAAUGUGGUUGUGCCUAAUACAGCUGAAGCCCGGUAUAAGAUUGGAAACGGGAAGAAAUAUCACCGCAAAGUGGAUAGUGACGCCAGUGGAGUAGCUUGUGGUCAGAAAGGCACUACGCCGCCCAGUCUUAUUAGUUCAGUAGAUGCCAUGACUCCUUGUGCCAAAUGUUAUAAGUAA